GCUGUUCCUACAACUGUGGGAAACAUUUAGCUCCAGAUAUUGUUAACGUUCCCAACAUUUCGACUUCCUUAAAGUUUGUGAACUGUCAAAAAAUUUAUGAUGAACAUGGGAAAGUUGCAUUAAAUUUCAAAAUUGAUUCACGAAGUAGUUCUGGUGGUUCACCGAUAUAUGGAUCAAGAAUCUUCUUGAUGGCUUCAGAGGUCAGUAUAUCAUGA